ACACAAAGAAACGCAACACAAAGCACAUUGAUGCUAAGACUGCAAUAAGCAAUAUGGCAAUCAUACAUACCCCUCGCACCCUAAUUUCCAUCGGACGUGGAAUUCUUCGGCGGCGGCGAAGGCUUGCCUCAGCAAACAGCAACAUUGAUUCUGCAGACAAAGCCGUCGCGUCUAACUUUGUUGGCUUUGUCCCGGCACAAACCAGCGUUGGCAGCAACGUCGAAGGAAACGCCAGUUCCAUCGAUAGCAACACCAACAACACGAUCAAUGCCCAUGUCUACAAUUGCCGCGCCAAUUGGUUCUGGGAUCUCGAUUACAUCGGCCAUAUGAACAACGCCUCCUACCUCACGCACGCYGAGUACGCACGGUGGGAAUGGACGGCCGAAACGGGUGCCCUCCAGGCUAUGUAUCGGACGCGUACCAACUUUAUCGUAACCAGCACRGCGGUCCGCUUUCGGAAGGAAAUCGCCGCGCUCCGGAACGCCUUUGAAAUCCAUAGCCUCCUCAGGGGGAUCGACGAGAAGCAUUUCUGGAUAUCCCAGACCUUUCGCAAUCCGAGCGACGAGCGGAUCCUGGCGCAGGUCAUGGUGCAAGCCGUUGCCGUUCGGAACCGAACGAUCGUUCCCCCGAGAACCAUGUUGGAUGCGAUGGGAUUGCCCGGGGAGAUUGUAGAUUCCUUGUUGUUACCAAGCAACAGCGACGAACAGGAGCGGAGUGAUUUCGUCGACGGGGAAAAUGCGAUGGAUGUUCUAGCACGAUUCAUGGAUCUAGAUGAAGCCUUUCGCCACGAAGCGACCGCUGAUGACCAAUGGCUGCUGACCAGAAAAUAGAUAGGGUGACCUUUAUCGAACAAAACAAGGAUGUGUAA